AACUCUUCCCCAAUUCUGAAAUGGAGGAUUUAAUGACAAGUGAGUUUGCUGAUUUUGUAGCCUCCAAUGGUCAAAGUGUUUCCGCUCUCCGUGACAAGUAUAAAAAGGAUUCUCAUGCUUGGUGGUACCUCAAUGGCCAUACAUCACCAAACCUUCAAACUCUUGCAAUCAAAGUUUUAUCGCAAGUUGCUAGUUCCUCUUCAUCUGAGCGAAAUUGGAGCACAUACUCCUUUAUCCACUCAGUGAAACGCAACCGACUGGCAGCAAGUAAGGCGGAAGAGCUCGUUUAUGUGCAUUCAAACUUGCGCCUUCUUACUCAUAAACAAAAUGAGUAUAAGGAUGGGAGCACAAAGUUUUGGGAUGUAGAUCCAGAGCGAACUGAUUUGGAUUUUUCGGCUGCCACACAAUCUUUACUUUCUGGGGAGUCUGAUAGCCAAUGUGCUGCUAGUGCAAGUGGCAGUGAGGCUGCAUGUGGUUCCAGCACUCUACCUACAUCAUCUAAUGUCAAUGAUGAUGUUGAUCUUGAUCUUCCUAGUGACCCAUAUGAUGCUAUUGCUGAUUAUUAGUUGUGUUAUUUUAUUGUUGAACGGUUGAGCCAAUGAACAAUGAAUUCAAUGUCUAUCAUAACAUUCAAAGUUUGACAAAUGGAUAUU